AUGACGGACCAUAUGAAGAGAGCUACAGACGGGCUGUCAUACGGGGCCCUUUGCACCGGUCUACCCUCACCGGAAAUGAGGCCUGACCAGCCCAAAUCCCUUCUGCUAGUCUUUCUAGCUGACUUUGAAGAGCCUCAUAAGGAGAGGCUCAUAAAUCAUGUCCGUCCAACGACUAGUGAAUUUAAAAUCCUGACAUGGCACCCAAAUCAUGCAGUCCUACGAUCUAUUGCGCCUCAACGAAGGUACAAGGACAGCCAAGCCAACUUAUACGGGCUUGCCAUUGUGGCCUACCGAAAUGGACAUUCAGGUUUUAUCUUCGCAGAUGAGUUGACAAAGCGCCAAGUGGAAGGGCAUUUCCCUCUGCGUGGAGAAGAUGGGCGCAUCUCCGUGGGAAUGAUUUCCGUGAGGCAGAGGGAACAGCAUGACCAGCUUCGCAUUAUUGCCAAGCGUUCAGCGUUGGGAAACGAUGAAAAUAUUGCCUUAUUAGCAGCCGUGGAGAAUUUCGACAUCUCACAAGAUUUUGACAACUCAAAGAACGAAGAUUCCGUUACAACGGUGUACUCAGAGCUUGGACUCGAGCUGCACGACCCAGACCAUCCUGUGUUUACUCCAAGCACAAUGAACUCCUUUGCCUACGAGGAGAUUUUGGCUGCUUCUAUAACGGCCCUAUCUUUGAAUACGCCAUUGCCUCCUGAGCUGGUCUUAGACAUCACAUCUCGGGUAGAAAGGAAUGCGGAAGAAGUGAUCAAAUUUCCACCUGGGUUGAACUUCCAAAUUGAGAAGCCAAAUAUUAAUAUACUUCUCGGCUUUCAGACAACUCAAACUGAACGUGAUAACAUACUGUCUAUUUUGAAAGAUGCUGUGCGUUUCGAGGUUGAGAAACAAAGACAAGAGCAAAAGAAAGAGCUCGAGAUCAAGGUAGAGGCAAAGCAAAAGAAGACAAGCAUGAGUGAGGAUAAUGAGCGGGAGGACGAGGACGAGCAUGACGCUUCGAGCUCCAGGAACAUCCACGAUGCGGGAUACCUUCAGCUCAGUGUCCAUAUUAUUCCUUGGGAACAGACGCGCACCCCAUCCCGUCGCGAUAUCUUGAAUGUUUUUGAAGCGGUCGCCACAUAUGCGGGCACUGGGCCUUUCCAGCUACCAUAUUUUCUCAUGAAGCCGACUGAGAAUUGCAGCAAGGCUCCGACUGAGUUUAUCUCAAUUGGUGACACUGAAAUGGGACCCUGUGCCCGUCAGAUUAUGUUGAGUGAAAUGAUACAAUAUAAAAGAGUGCGACCAACCGCGUUGGAAUUUGCGAGAUACUACGGAGAUGGACAAAUGGAAUUGAUGCCGUCGUCACGCAUUAUAUCAUCCGGGUUCGACGAGCCCUUUUAUCCCAUCUCACACCCUUGGAAUGCUAUUGGGCGCAUGAAUGCGAUCCCGUUGUUCUUCCUCACAAACAAGCUUAGUGAUGAGCAAGUCACGGCACUUUACGAGGAGAUCCAAACCAUGGGCAUGAUCGACGACGAUGACUGGGGUAAAAAGGUCAUUUGUCCUGUCCUUUGGAAGGAAGAUGAGCCAGAUGCAGAAGAUGGGACACCGGCCGAUAUGUGGAGGCUCUACACCGAAGUCCACGAUGGCUGCGAAGAUCCUCUAUUUUUCGCUGACCUGCAGUCUGGAAACGAUCUCCAAGUUAUCGUGACCAAUCAGGAUUAUGUCUGCGAUCCAGAUCCAGAAGAUGAAGAGGCCUGCGAGCUACUAAAAGGCGUGGAACAGCCGAAUUAUCGCGGACUUACCUACGGCCGGUUACCUGGCCGCGAGGCACACAUCGUAUGGGUGAAUCUCAACAUCGCCAAUAUGGGCAUUGAUGAGUAUUUUGACGAUGAGAAUACAUGCGAAAAUUACUUCAGGCCUGAUUGGCCGUGCCAUGACAGGAUGGAUGAGUAUAAUGAAUGGAUUCCUAAGGAGGAAGUGGUGUGA